GCACGUGGCUGUUGGAAGGAGGGGCCCGGAACGGCGGCAUGGGGUUGUGGCGGGGUCAGUCCGCCGGGGACUGGAGGGAGACGCGGCACGCGGCCUCUGCGACCCUAUAAGCUCUGACCCCAGCUCCCACACUGUCGCCUAUCACCGGCCCACUCUCCGUGCCGCGUGCCCCUUAAAAGCUGGGGCCUGGGACAGGAACGACAGACAUUGCAGCCAAUGGCGUCACUCAAUCGAAAGGCGCGGCACCCAAUCGAAAGGCGCGGCUGAGGGAAACGAGGUGGGAACCGCCCCCGACUCCAGGUGACUCCUUGGCCGGGCGGGGGAGAGCGUCCCCGUCAGCUGAGAGCAUCCUUACUUGGUCGGUUCCUCGGGCGAGUAAAGGGGACGACCUGCGGGAGCACGCGGGCAGUGGCCGGACGCUGAAGCCGAGGAGAGCGAUGGAGACGCAUGCGGAGGCUGGGAAGGAGGGCAAGCCUUCCUGUGCAUCGGUGGAUCUGCAGGGAGACAGCUCCUUACAGGUGGAGAUUUCUGACGCAGUGAGUGAGCGGGACAAGGUGAAAUUCACUGUUCAAACCAAGAGCUGCCUCCCUCACUUCACCCAGACCGAGUUCUCAGUGGUGCGGCAGCACGAGGAGUUCAUCUGGCUGCAUGAUGCCUACGUGGAGAAUGAGGAGUACGCCGGCCUCAUCAUCCCCCCAGCCCCUCCGAGGCCAGACUUUGAGGCUUCAAGGGAAAAGCUACAGAAAUUGGGCGAGGGGGACAGCUCUGUCACUCGGGAAGAGUUUGCCAAGAUGAAGCAGGAGCUGGAAGCGGAGUACCUGGCCAUCUUUAAGAAGACAGUUGCGAUGCACGAAGUCUUUCUGCAGCGCCUGGCGGCCCACCCCACCCUGCGUCGAGACCACAACUUCUUUGUGUUUUUGGAAUAUGGACAGGAUCUGAGUGUCCGGGGGAAAAACAGGAAGGAGCUCCUCGGAGGGUUUCUGAGGAAUAUCGUGAAGUCCGCGGAUGAAGCCCUCAUCACGGGCAUGUCAGGGCUCAAGGAGGUGGAUGACUUCUUUGAGCAUGAGAGGACCUUCCUGUUGGAGUAUCACACCCGUAUCCGAGAUGCCUGCCUGCGGGCUGACCGCGUCAUGCGCGCCCACAAGUGCCUGGCAGACGAUUAUAUCCCUAUCUCAGCUGCGCUGAGCAGUCUGGGAACACAGGAAGUCAACCAGCUAAGGACGAGCUUCCUCAAAUUGGCAGAGCUCUUUGAACGGCUGAGGAAGCUGGAGGGCCGGGUGGCUUCCGACGAGGACCUGAAGCUAUCAGACAUGCUGAGGUAUUACAUGCGUGACUCACAGGCAGCCAAGGAUCUGCUGUACCGGCGGCUGCGGGCACUGGCCGACUACGAGAAUGCCAACAAGGCACUGGACAAGGCGCGUACCAGGAAUCGGGAGGUGCGGCCCGCCGAGAACCACCAGCAGCUGUGCUGCCAACGCUUCGAGCGCCUCUCCGACUCUGCCAAGCAAGAGCUCAUGGACUUCAAGUCCCGCCGGGUCUCCUCUUUUCGAAAGAAUCUCAUUGAGCUGGCGGAGCUGGAGCUCAAACACGCCAGGCUCAAAGGUCCACCAGGCACACUUUCUGCCAAGGCAGUAUGAUCAGAUCCUGGAGACACCAAGGGCACCCCUGCAGCAUCCUCAGCCCUCUCUCCAGUGACAGCAGGCUCCCUGUGGGAAGGCGUGACACCCAGAAGUUGGGACCUAGGAACCCCAGAAGUCUUCCAGGUUUGCCCCCAUCCCCAUAAACCCUAGCACAAAAAUGAAUCCCAAGUUCUCCACACCUAUUUCCUAACCAGAAAAGGGAUCUAGCCCUUCCUCCCAGAACCGCUCACAAGCUCCCGGGAGUUAGGGAGCCAAUUGUAACACCAGGAGGCCUUUUCCUCACUUCAGUUGAUAAGGGAGAUAUAGAUGCCACAUUACCACUCCCAAUUCACCUCACCAUAGCGCCAGAUUUCUUGGAUAUCUUUGCCUGCUGGGCAGGUGAAAGCCCAAAGUACAGGCUGGAAACAGCCCUUGACAAUGCUGGCAAAAGGCUCAGGAUACCGGCAACACCCUUUUGGUUAAACACAGGGAGGCGGUGCUCAGGACACCUGGGUCUGAAGUCCCGGGCUCCACCUGGCUGGCCCCACCCUGAAUGAACUCCAGCCACAUCUAGAGGAGGUCAAAGGCUCAACUUGGCCUGACUCACAGCAGCCACUGAACCUGACCCUCAUAAACUUGAGUCAGCCAUCCAGGGAAGACAGCAGACCAAACAGAACCUUUAAACUACCUGUGACUUGCCUAUCAGCCCACACCUAGGCAGGGACAGAACAGAAUAUCAGAUGGACGUCACUGUCCAUCCAGGCAAGGAUACAAAGCACCCAGUUCAGGCAUAAAUCACUUCCGCUGGAAGACCCCUGUAGCCAGCACCCACUCCUUAAACAGCCAGUCCAGUGUCAAUCACAGCACCAACAGAAUAAUGGUGACCAUCAGAAAGGCAUCUCAGCCAGUCAUUGGAGCCAGAUAAGGGUGUGCAGGGGCUGGUUGGGUGUGGGGUACAGAGGAGAGAGAUAGCACCAUUAUCCCAGUGCACCCCCAAUCCCAAAGUCUCCUGGGCCCCAACCUUGAAACACACAUCCCAUUAAUGAGCCUUUUUAUUAUUGUCUUUUUUUUUUAAUCGAAGGUCCCUUACUGGUCCUGCUUCCAUGAGUAGCAGUGACCAUGGGAAAAGGGAGAGGAACCAGCCGGCACAGGGAGGGGUCAUCUCCACAACAUUCCAUUUAUACACAGAACUAAACAGACAAGCACAGAGUCACUAUUGCGGUUAGAAGUUGGCAGCAUGGGAAGGGGGGAGGACCAGGUGGGGAAUGGGGAUGUUGUUAAAAAAAA